GGAGACGCAGUGUUCUGGUAUAACCUUCGCAAAUCGGGGGCAGGGGAUUCGUCCACAAGACAUGCUGCUUGCCCUGUCAUCAUUGGAUCAAAAUGGGGUACGAUACACAAAUCUGACUGACGCUUGUUUUAACAAAAAAAUUAAAUUAAAAAUUGUUUUAACGCUUGUUUUAAUUUAAAAAGCCUGGUUUCCAUAUGGUCGUAAAAAUAGUUACGAUCUUUCUCAACGGCCAGUUUUCAUAGUUUAUAUAGGCCUUAGUUGUUCUAUUGUAUGCUUUUGUAAAUUGAAACAACAGCAACUAGCCUAGGCAGGUAUGUUUUCUAAUAAUUAAGUACAUUUGCUCCAUUCCAUGCCUUUGUAAACUAGAAUAAUAAUUAGCCAUGUGAGUUUUCUAAUGCUUAGUUUCCUAUGCUUUUGUAAACUGAAAGCGAGUUAUAUCAGCAGCAUGAAUUAUCAACAGAGUUUGGCAGCAGCGUUUUAAACAACUUCUAGGUUGUCGUAUUAAUAUUCGACUAAAAUUUGUAUUCUUGGUAUGCAAUUGAUGUCACGGCGGCCAUAUUGAAGGAACGCUAACAAAAGAAUCUCAUUAACAGCUAUUGUAUUGGAGCGUGUUUUCCUCCAACAUGGAAGUAAAUCUCAAAAGGUUGAUUGCAAACAACUAAUUAGUUUAGAAAUUCGGUCAACUAACCACGCUGUUUCUUUUUUUUCUAGUUUCCAACAAAUGGAUCCAUUCUUACGGUCAAGAGUUUAGUCGACCUUGUGGCCUUCAAGAUGACGCUCUUCCUUGGGAAACAACAGUAUAUUAA